AUGCCGAUUUCGAUAAAUACAUUUCAAGAUUUAUCAAAUGAAAUUUUUCUUGAAAUAUUCGAUUAUCUUUCAAUCGAAGAUUGUUUCAAUGCAUUUUAUAAUCUUAAUUGGAAAAUAAAAUCGGCUUUAAAAUUAGCUGGUUUUUCAAUCGAUUUAACAUCAAUAUCUCGAAAAACCUAUGAUGAAUUUUAUAAGAAAAUAGUUUUUCCGAAUUAUUAUCGUCAAAUACGAAAAUUAAAAUUAAAUAAUGAUUUAACAAUUAAUUUACUUGAACAAUUUUUCAAUGACUUUCAGCUUGAUGAUUUCGAACAACUUCGAUCAAUAACAUUAAUUAAACCUUCGUAUAUGACAUUGGGCAGUUUUGCAUUAAUGGUACCUGAUCUUAAACGACUCGAACAUAUAUCCGUUGAUUCAAAUUCAUAUCCGUGCAAUUUCUUUGAAUCCAUUACAACAAAUUUAUUAUCGAUGAAUGCUUGUUAUUUACCGCGAUUAGAAAUUGAAGAUGAAUUAUCAUUUCAAUCGAAUAUUAAAUAUCUUACAGUAACAGUCGAAGAUGUAACAUAUCUUCUCAAUUUAUUGGCUGUAUUUCCACAAUUGAAAUAUCUUCAUGUCUCAUUGCCAUCAACAUUGGACAUAGAUGACAAUAGUGGUCUGCCAAUAAUAAAUAUAAUUCCAUGUAAAAAUCUGCAAACAUUGAAACUUGACGUAUUAGAAAGGUCCAAUAUUGAUUUUUAUGAAAUUGAAUAUAUUUUCCUACAAACAUCAUUGGAUAAUCUCAAAUCAUUUUCAUAUAAUUGCACAACGAAAUCUUUAGAUCAUGUUGAUGUUAGUCGUUGGAAAAAGAUUUUAGCAACAUAUUUAUCUACAAUAGAAAAUUUUCAUUUCUUCGUUCAAAUUCCAUUUAGUUCAUAUUCAUUCGAUAAUAUCAAAAACGUUUUUAAUCAUAUACAAACAGAUCUUGGUUCAUCAUUUCCAUUUUCAUUAUCAAUUGAUUACCUAUAUUAUAUAAUUCAUACGGAAAUUUAUUCUAAAACUCAUUUUGAUUUAUCGUGUAAAUUAUUAGAAACAGAUUCCGAUUUGAAUUAUGACCCAAUAAGUUGCGAAUCAACAACGAAAUUUUCAAAAGUCGAUUCACUUAUCUUGAAUAGUCAUUCGAUUUCAUCGUUUACAAUCUUACCUAAAACUAUCAAACAUCUACAAAUUCAUGAUCAAGAUGAUCAUGUCAAUCUUAAUAAACUUCUUAGACAAUGUUCCAAUCAACUUUUAUCAUUGAAAAUUAUUGGAUUACCAUAUGAUUUAUCGCCUAUGCUUAAACUUCGCCAAUUAACAAUUCAAAAAGUAAUGUUCAAAUUACAAAUGGUACCGAAAUUAUCAUUCCUAUGUCCAUGUCUUGAAUUACUUACGAUUGAAAUUGAUUGUAUUCAAGAAUUUAAACAAAUCUUAAGUCAACUUCAAAACCAAUCGAACUUGAAGGAACUUAAAUUUAUUCGUGUAUUUUCAAGAGAUCCAAAGCAAACAUGGACACGUUGGCUUGAUGAAAAUCAAUCAUCACUUGAUAAUAGCAAUACAAGCUAUGAAAUAAAAGAUCUAUUCUUAUUUAUUUGGUUAUAA